AUGACUUCAGAGGUGAAAAUAGAACAGACAGAGAUUUCGAAGAGAAGAAGGAAAGUUAACAGAGCAUGUGAUAACUGUCGAAAGAGAAAAAUUAAAUGUUCAGAGACUACACCAUGUACAAACUGUCAGAUAUAUCAGUGUAAAUGUGUCUUUUCAUCCAGUGCAUCUCCUCCUAGUAAGCCAAAUGGAAAAAUUUCUAAGAACGGUUCUUCACGUUUAAAAUCAUCAUCACAGCUUGAUUCACUCGGGAGUAAAGUGUCACAGAACAACAGUUUCAUAGAUCUCGGUCGUAUAGAUUCCAGUCAGCAUGUCUUUACUGCAUAUAUUCCUUCAAAGGCACAAUUUGAUAUAGGAUCAGAUAAAUCGCUUCAAAACCGUACUACAUCUCAAAGUCCACCUUCUGGGUCCUUAAACGUGCUUGAAAGAGGCUUAUAUGAAAAUGAUUUAGAGAACCAGGAGGACUAUAGGAAUAAUAAAUCGCUGCUGGACUAUUUGUCCCAAAUGCCAAACAAGAAUCCGGCCGUGGAACAUAUGAUCGAUGAUGUUACUGCCAAGCUAGAUAAAAUUGUUAACAUAUGGAAACCUAGAAUCAAUUUCAAGAAAUUACCACAGUUAAUUACAGAAACAGGAUCCUCUAAGUCCAUCGAAACACAUUUAAUUAGAAAUAAAUACAGGAAGAAACUGUAUUUGAGUCGUCUUUGUGUAUUUAACUCCUCAGAUGUUGCCUUCAACAGUGAAUCUGGUUAUUUGUCAAAAUUGCCACUUGUGGAUGAAUUAUUUGGACUUUAUUCUCCAGUUGAACUAUUUUCUUUACGUGGUGUUGGUCAUUUGAUGAAGAAAUGUAUUAUUCAAAAGGAUGCUCUUCCAUUAGAGCAAACUUUAAAGGCGACAAUUUACAUCGUUUUAAGAUUUUUUGAUAUGUGUAUAUUGCAUUUGAAUGAAGGAUGUGUCUCAAUAUCCAACCCAGUGGAGAACUAUCUACAAAGGGAACACAUUGGUUAUGUUAGUACACCUUCAUCAAGUACUGGGCCGCGUAAUAUAUCCAACAAUGGAGAUCUCAUUGCAAUUAUCAUAGGUAAGUUACCACAACCUUUUGUGGAAAACUUGACGGGGGUUUCGACACAAAUGCUUUUAAACGUUAUGAAUGAUGAUUUGGAAAUGUUUAGGCUGUUAUUAGAAAUGUUUUCUGUUCACAAGAAACAUUUUGAGGGAAUCAAAACUCAGACUACCAUACCCCCCCUGACAUUUGCAAAUCUAAUGAAUGGAGAUUCGGAAAAGAAACACUUAAUAAUAAGCUACUGCAAGCUCCAAGACAUAUUGUUAACUUUGUGUUAUAGUUACUACAAUUCCACGUUAUAUCACCUAAGUGAAUAUAAUUCUUUGGAAUAUCUAGAAUUACUACUCAAAUUGUUAGAUUAUCAACAGUGGUUGGAAGAAAAAUAUGGUUAUGAAAAAGUGUUGGAGGUUGCCGUUUCGUCGGCUGUCAAAAUUGGAUUAUCACGUUGGGAAUAUUAUGUCGGUCUCGAUGAGUCUAUCGCAGAGAAAAGAAGAGAAGUGUGGUGGAGCUUAUAUUGUCAUGAAAAGCAAUUUUCUUUUAUAAGAGGGCAUCAAUCGAUGAUUGAUGACACUAAGAUGAAUUGUUUGCUUCCAAAGGAGUUCAGGGAGCUCGGCUUUAUAGAUCAUAGUGAUUUUCUAGAUAGAGUGAGUACGAUACCGAGGAAUGAGGAUUUUGAGAAUAUGUCUUUGGAAGGUAUCCAGCGUUAUGGGAAUCUUGCUGACAUUUUGAUCGUUAGUGAUUUUUAUUCUAAUGUUCUUUUCAGUGAUAAAUAUACUUCCUUCACGAACAUCGGUAAAUCACCUGAGCUGAGAAUGCGUAUACUAAACGAUCUGUUACAGCAAACAGAUAUCACUAGAAGCAAACUACGGAGUGUUAAAUUGCAGUGUGGAAAAAUUUACGAAUUCGUAAAGAAUAAAAAGGGCUAUUUUGACGGGAUGGACACAUCUUACCUUAUUAACAAGCACAUUAUUGCAGGUGAACUUCUUUAUUGUAUUGUUCUAAGGAUGUCGAUCAAUGUUGUAUGUCGCUUGACGGAAAGUGAAAAGCCCACAGAGGUUUUAAAUGUGUUCAAAGGAUAUAAUCAGGAAAUUUAUGACAUAUGGACAAAAAUGGGUGAACUACUACUGAACAUUGACAAUGUCUAUCAAUCAUGGAACUGCUCUGAACCAUAUCUUAUAAUUUUCCUUUUAGUUAUUACUAUCAAUUUUGUCGAAGAAAAACCAUUGCCAGAAAAGAAUAUUAUAUUAAAUUUGAGAAUUUUUGAAAAAUUCGAACCUCUGGCAACUGUUUUGACGACGGAACAUGAUGGUAGGUCGAUAAAUACCUUCCAACCAUUCAAGUCUCUCGCUGCCUGUAUAUUUUUCUUAGGAGUUCUGAAUAGAAUAAGUUUAUUGACUUUUAUGGAUACGAACAAUAUGGAACGAUCACGUUUGGUUCAGGUCCUUGGUGGAGCGGAUAGUAGAGUGCAGCAACUAGCUAACGAUAUAUUGGAUCACAAUUCCUAUAUCUACAAGUAUGUCCUAGACCCUGUUGAAGAAAGUGGUUUCCAUUUGAAUAUUCAACAAAUGCUAGAGAAUGAUUACAAGGUUGCAUGUAUUGGAAAAGAUGGCAAUAGCGAACGCAAGCGUAGUGAAAAAAUACGUAUUUAUCCAUACACAGCUCUACGACCUGUAAAUAAAAGCAGAUGUCCGAUGACUGAGCAGUCAUUACCACCUAUGAGCAUUUCAGAUAUUCUUUCGCCGCCCAGUGGUUCCUAUGAGAGCCCCUUUAGCAAUUCUGACAAGGAAUUACGACCCGCUACGAAACUCUCGUCAAUGCCUCGCUCUGAUACACAAUACUAUAAUCUAGGUACAUUGGAGCAAUUUAUGCAUGACACUGAUAUGAACGAUUUAUUCAAGACACUUUGGAAUGAAGAUUUCUCUGAUAUGAAGUUUUAA